AUGGAGAAACACUCCAUGCGUCACCUGCUGUGGACUGCAUUGUUCCUGUUGUACUGGAGCUGCGGGUGUUUGGCUGCUGUUGUGCAGCAGUUACCACAGAAAAGACAAAGUGGUCUACAGGCGUACACCGUCUCUACUGAUACUGUUCCUGGUGCUACUCCUGAUAAGAAUGGUAAGGAAUGGGAGCCCAUCCGCAUUGGCGUGUAUACAAAACUUGUGGAGGAUAUCAUAGAGUUCUGUGAAAGAGAGAACGAAGAUGAAGACGAAGACGAAGAACUUGGAGUGUUUGACGAUAUCUGCGAUGGUGAUCAUAAAAAAAUGACAGCGCAAAAAAAGGGUAUUCUUUUUACGGAGGUCUUGCCCAAAGCCAUCAAAUUACACACAGAUCGCCUUAAAGUGAAACGGGUAGGAAAAAGUCUAAAUAUCAGAAUUGCAGAUCUUGAUUCGCCUACAAAAAAAAGGUGCAAGGUCAUUAAGGGUUCCUUGGAGCAACAGAUGCAGUAUAGUGUUGAUGUCGAUUAUAUGAUUUACGUGGGUCUUUCAACAGCACCCCAAAAUGUUGAGAUUUGCACUCAGGAUGAAGAAAACCGACCAACGUCUGCUGUCAUCAGCUUUAUCCCAGAUGAGAUAAAAGCAACACGGAAGUAUAUUCGUUUGACUGCACAUGAGAUUGCGCAUGGUCUUGGAUUUGACUAUGAAGUUAUGGAGACACAGGGAAUGAUAGAACCCCACAAAAAUGGUCUCUCAUCCCCAGGAGGUAAAUACGGUGGAAAAGAAUUCUAUAUGAAAUCGUCUGAAACUCUUGAAAUACUGAAGAAGUUUUACGAAUGUAAAGAUGGUGAAAAGAAUAAACUAGAGGGUUUGUAUCUGGAAAACGAACAAAAUAAUGGUUUACCCCCGCACUGGGAGAGGCGUAUUGCGAAGGAUGAGUUGAUGAGUACGUACAGUGAUACCUUUGGCACUACUGGCAUGUACUACAGUGCACUGACACUUGCAGCAUUUCAUUCCAUGCCCUUCUACAGCGCAAAUUUCGAGAAGGCAGAACCGAUGAGUUGGGGGAAACAAUAUAUAUGUGACUUGUUUAAAGGUAAAAAGGAUUUAACACAGACUCACUACCCCGACAUGUUUUGCGAGGACGAUACGAAGACAAUCCUAAAAUGCACCUCUGACCGUUUUGCCCUUGGUAUUUGUUCAACGAAGACCAACCGUAAUAAGCUAACUGGGAGAUAUCAAUAUUUUAAGGACGAAUUCAGACAGAAGGAUGCGAAAGACUUGAUGGAUGGUGUUCCAUUCAUCAGACCCUUGGAGGGUACUGCCUGUGAAGAUGGUAAUCAGAGUUUGAUGCCUGGCAGCAUUGUGGACAAGAUGUCACGGUGUUUGCAUGUGAAAGAACCGGUGUUGCAGGUUGUCGGCUCAAGUGGCACCAACUUUACCGUUGGUGGCGUUUGUGCAAAAGUGGAGUGUGAUAAUGCUAACAAGGUGGUGAGGGUACAGCUCAAAGGUAAUGAAAAUAACUGGCAUGAGUGCAAAAACGAUGACAAGACAACUUUUGAAAUGAAGGACCCAGCGUUCAAUGGUGGAACUAUUCUGUGCCCCAAAUACGAAGAAGUGUGCACAGGGUGGCCGGAGACCAAUUCCCCUGUAAUCAAGCUUAACAGUGACAAAGAAGAAAGUGACGGAUACUAUAUUGUUGUGAAUGAUGGGGAAAAAGAAGGAAAACCAGAACAUGGUCAGAAGCCAACCCACGCGCCAUCAGUUUCAUCAGUUUUUCCUAAAGAAGACGAAUCACACGUGGAACUCCAUGAACCUGAGAUAGUGAAAGAAGUGCCGGAAAGCGAGCUUCCGGAUAAACACGAAGGCCAUCAACAUGUUAACGGUCCGGUUGAAUCCCAAAAAUCACCACUGGAAAAACUGGAUAGUAAAAAUGUUCAGAACUCCGUUGUGUCCACUGCGGGUUCAGAGGGUGGAAUUAGAACUAGUGGCACAAACACGAACAACACCAGCGUUGUUGGUCCUGGUGGCACCGGCAGUGGAAAGCCCCUCGUACCUGGGCCUGUCCAGACCCCACCACCACCACCAACUCCUGCCGCUCCUGCCCCUUCCCCUUCCCCUGCUACUGCCUCUUCAGAGGCCCCUGCACAUGGAAUAUCUCAACAGAUUGCAGAUCCACCAGCAGAAAACAACGAUCAACAAAAUGGAACACUAACACCAACCCAAGCUCAAGACCGCCAGCAAGGACCAAACCAAAGACAAAAUGAAGUUCAAUCACCAACUGAAACAAAUGCACCGACUCAGGAAUCAACACCACAAUAUAAGAAUUCUUCUACAUCUCCCACUACAGAUGAAAGGGAUGCUCAGGAAGAAGACCAUACAUCGAGGAAUCGUCGUAAUACUGAUGCUACUACUUCUCCAAACACAUCUAAUCCCAACACUGUUGAUGCUGCAAAUGAACCGUCUUCUCACACAGCAAAUAACGGUGCUUUGAAUGGGACAAAGUUAACUGAGGACAAAAUGAGAGAAACACUAAAUCAUACGAAUGUAAUGGGUGCGUUGGGACCUGACAGCAGCAUCAUGUUCACUUCCUACAUGGCCCCUCUUGCGCUUCUUGUGUGUGUUGUUGGUUUUGUGAUGGUUCCAUGA